CUUUUGUUAUUAGUGUGUAAAUAUACAAAUUUCAUUUAUAAACAAUCCGUAAGACUCUGUGGAAAAUUUCCUGUGUGAUAUAAAUUCAAGUUAGUCAAAGAUGGACCAAUCUAUAACCCCGGAACCGCACUUGGUGCCAGGAUAUACGGGUCACUGCGUCGGCGAUCGUUAUCGAGUGGGUCGCACUUAUGGCCGGCAGUCGCACAACCUGCUCAUCGAUCCCUGUGUCUCCCAUGCGCCGGAACUGAUUGUAGCUCCCAUCCAUACCAAGGGGGGUCUCAAGGAUUAUCCCACGCCGCAUGAACUGAAGGUGCUACGAACGAGAGAAGACUUGGUGGACUCUGUGUAUAGGCACCCCAUCCUGCCGGGGUAUGCCGGUUUUGUGCCUAAUAUAGUGCGUCAGAUCGGCAAGCGUUAUUUGGCAGCCGCAUCCGCGGGAGUGGCCGACCACGAAACACUUAUGGAGCUCUACCGCUGUGAAAGUCGUACGUUACGACACAGGGAUCUGCUGGAGAGCGGAAAGGGCCUCUUCGACCGCAAGAUCAACGAGCGGCUGCUGCCCAAAGCCUAUUACCGGUCACCAUUGAUCCCGGUCACCGGCGUCUCCCAGGGCAUUAAGGACGAGGUCUGUCCGCCAAAAACGGAGAAACUCUGCUACAGCAAGUUCACGACACCCCAUUUCCUGGAGGACGAGGAUGACGACAAGUACAUCAUUAACGGCUACGCAGGCCACAUUCCCAUGGCAGUAACGCGGUUCGGAGAAUCCAACCAGGUGCUCACCCACAGGGCACUCUGCAGCUUCUCGGAUUACAUGUACAAGAAGAAGAGGGACUCUUGGUGCUGCGGCCAGGAUCUCAGCCGGCCGGCUAUCACCUGCCCGCCAGUGGGGCACUUCGUCGUUUAUCACACUACCGACGGCAUGGUGCCCAGUUACGCCGGACACGUUCCCGGCGAAAUGUACAAGUUCGGACGCACCUACGGCAAAACCACGUACGACGCCAAGCGAUGGCUGGAGGUGCACAAGGGUCUCACCGUGCUGCCGGAGGUGGCCAACAUAAAUUAUGCCUACUAACUGACAGUGACUUCUUUCUGUGGUACUAUUUUUAUAUAUUAGUGUAGUAAAUAUUAAAUUUGUUGUAUA